GUUGAAGGAAGAAUUCAUCAGAACCACGAUGGCGGCAGACUUCACUCCAAACCGAAAGUUUAAUAGAUUUAUGAUUAUUAUCAUCCUCUGUUUCGUUACGAUGCUAGUAGGAGCAUCGUUGUUUGUAGGAAUAUAUCUGUCCACAUCAAAAUGUGCUGAGAGUCCGGAGCUUGUAAUCAACGAGAGAUCUGGUAUGUUUCGAUACAAGAGUAGAGCGGCAUGGGGUGCGAGACCUCGGACUGAACCGAAAACAUUUUUUAGCGCACCAGCUAAAUACGUCAUCAUUAUUCACACAGCUGGUUUGGACUGUGUCGAUAUGGUCGACUGCUGUCGGAGCGUCGUUGAAACACAAAACAUACACAUGGAUAAGAAUGGAUGGCCCGACAUUGGCUACAAUUUCAUGAUCGGCAGUUAUGGUGUUGUCUACGAAGGAGUGGGAUGGGGCGUUAUGGGAAUACAUUCUCGUGGCUGGAACAACAACACUAUUGGAAUUGCACUUAUUGGUGAUUUCCGCAUGAGACUUCCGGACUGGAAAGCCCUACAAGCCCUUCAAGAAAUUCUCUAUUAUGGAGUCAACAAUGGAUAUCUCAUGCAAAAUUACACAAUGUACGGCCAUUGCCAGGUGGUACCUUUCUUAAGUCCGGGACGAACCCUUUUCAAUGAGCUGAUGUCUGAAAAUUGGCCGCACUGGAAAUACCGCAACGUACCACCAGACGCAAAACUUCAAGGAAAAAGAACAGAUUACUGUUUCGACAAGAAGCCUCAAAUAAUCAAAUCUUGCAUCAGUCCCGGUCGAAUUUGAUCUGCUCUUUGACGUGCUACAGAGGCAGCCUUAGGGCUUUAUAACAUGACAAAUUGACAAACCAAAUGGUGAUUUAUAUAACAUCUGGGCCUUGUUUUGAUUAUAAUACAGGAAGACCGAGAAAAAGGAGAAAAAGAAGAUUUUGAAUAAUGUCUUUGAUAUUGAUGAUUUUGUUACCGUUUUUCUGGUUGCUUGUUGCUGAUUCAAUGGAAAUUUUGUAGGAAUAUCAUCUUAGACUAUUUGAAAGACAAUGUUUACCAAAACGAUCCUUAAACAAUUAUUGAGGCAAUCACUGCCAAAAUGCCAUAAAAAGGGCUGAAUGUGAGAGGGUGAUUCUGCCAGACGAAUUCAGCCCUGCCUUGGGCUCAAUGCAGUCACUUGGAGCAUGUGAUAUAAAUGAUAAUAGCUCUUGAACCAGUUUGAUGGUUGUAUUGAAAGUUUCAGGAACCCAUAGAAUUGUACUGAGAUGUGAAAAAUUGCAAUGUCACUUGUUUUCUUAAGAGAUAUUGCCUAUUUCAAUAGUCUCCCUUUCCGUUCACCCUGUACAUCAAGGAGUGUAUUUUAUCUACAAAAAUAAUGUAUAUACA